CUAGAAUAUCAUAUAUUUCCCGUCUGAUUUCUUCAUUACAACAUCAUAAGUAGGAUAAUAUUCUCGGUGAAAGUGAAUUUAAUCAAAUAUUUUCGAAGAUUCGCGAGGAUUAAAUCAACAAUGCCAUCAUCUUUUGUUAAAUACUCAUCUUUUGAUGUUGAUUAUGCCCCUGCUAAGGUAACAAAAUGGAGAUCUGAAAGAACUGGUUUACAACUUGUUUAUAUUAACCAGCCGUCUCCAAUUGUCAAUGGGUACUUUGCGGUAGCCACAGAAAUCCCCGAUGAUUCAGGUUGUCCUCAUACAUUGGAGCAUUUGAUUUUCAUGGGAUCAAAGAAGUAUCCAUACAAAGGUUUAUUAGAUACUUUAGGGAAUAGAUUGUUCUCCACCACCAACGCUUGGACCAGUGUCGAUCAGACUGUCUAUACUUUAACAAGUGCUGGUUGGGAUGGUUUUAAAGCAUUAUUACCAGUUUACCUCGACCAUUUACUCUCUCCAACUUUAACUGACGAAGCAUGUUUAACUGAAGUCUACCAUGUUGAUGGAAAGGGUAAAGAAAAAGGUGUUGUAUUCAGUGAAAUGCAAGGUAUUGAAAGUCAAUCCUGGUUUGUUACUUUUCUCAACAUGCAAAGGAAAUUAUAUGCCAAAGAUUCUGGUUAUUCAUCAGAAACUGGUGGUUUAAUGUCUGAAUUACGUCACUUGACCAAUGAUCAAAUAAAAGAAUUCCAUAAAAGCUCCUAUAGGCCAGACAACUUAUGUAUAAUUAUAACUGGUUUUGUUGACGAAUCCGAACUUUUGAAUAUCGUCUCUGGAUUUGAUAGUGAAUUGGAUCCAUUGCCAUCUACUCCAAAUAAGAGACCAUUCCUCGAUUCCAAACACGAUGAGCCUUUGAGCAGUACCAUUAUUGAAGAGGUUGAAUUUCCUGAAAAAGAUGAAUCAAUGGGUGAAAUUGUAAUCUCUUGGAUUGGUCCUCGUAGUGAUGACAUGCUAGUAAAUUUGGCUGUUGAUAUGAUUGGAGCUUAUUUCAGUGAUAGUCCAAUUUCCUUCUUCAACAAACAUUUGGUUGAAAUUGAAAAUCCUCUAGCCAAUGAAAUUGAUUAUAACACUGACGAUUAUGUCAGAACUACCAUGAAUUUUAGCAUUGGUUCGAUUCCUACAGAACAUUUGAAAUUGGUUGAUACUAAAGUAAAAGACAUUAUUAAAGAGCAUACAACAGUAGAUAACUUUGAUUUAAACUACAUGAAGCAAAUUUUACAUCAACAAAAAUUAAAAUUUGUUUCUUCUACUGAAAGAUCUGCUCAAAUUUUUGCUAACGUAUCAAUAAAUGAAUUUAUUUAUGGUAAUAAAGAUGGAAAGGAUUUAGAAAGAUGGCUCAAAUCAUUAGAAGAUUUUGAAGCUUUGGAAAAAUGGUCAUCGGAAGAUUGGACCAGUCUCAUCAAAAAGUAUUUUGUUGAGAAUCACUCAGCAACCAUUUUAGGUAAACCAUCUUCCAAAUUGAACAAGUCUUUAAAGCAGCAAAAUAAGGACUUCUUAAGACAGACAAAAGAAAAAUUUGGUGAAGAAGGUUUGAAAAAUUUACAAGAAAAGUUUGACCAUGCACAAGAAGUCAAUAACAAGUCGAUCCCUGAAGAUAUAAUCAAGCUGUUUGAUAGACCUGACCCUGCAAAAAUUCAAUUCAUCGAUACAGAUUCAUUCAAAGCAGGAUCAAAUACUCUCGAUUUCCCAUUAUAUAAGUCUGAUGAUGAAUUCAAUCAAAUUUUAUCAAACGAUACACCAACAGGUUUCCCAUUAUCAUUUCAUUUCGAGCAUUACAAAUCUCAGUUCACCACUGUUCAUUUGAUUCUGAGCUCCACCACUGUUGAUAAAGAAUUAUUAAAAUAUAUGUCAGUAUUAGAAGAGAUUUUUGGUUUGUCUGUUCAAACUCCUGAUGGCCAAUAUAUUCCAUAUAAUGAUGUCAUCUCCCAAAUAAAUAAUGAUUUAAUCGAAUUUCAAUUAGAUAAUGGAUUUGAUGGUCAAUUCUAUGAAUUGAUCAAUGUCAAAGUUAAAUUUGAAAAUCAAAACUAUGCAAAAGCAAUUGAUUGGGUUUUAAAAAUCUUAAAAUAUUCUGUUUUCGAAGAAUCAAGAGUCAAAGUCAUUAUUGAGAAAAUCAUCAAUUCAUUACCUGAGAAGAAACGUAACGGUGAAUUAAUGAUGUACUCAUCACAACUUCGUACAUUAUACACUGACGAUAGCAUAAGAAAAGCACAAGAUUCUAUUAAUACUGAGUCUUUCUAUAAAGAACUUUUAACAAAGAUUGAGAAUGGCCAAUUUAAAGACAUUGAAAAUGACUUAAAUCGAUUAAGAUCUCAAUUAUUCAAUUUAGACAAUAUUAAAGUUGUUGUGAUAGGUAACGCUAAAGCGUUGCCCCAACCAAUUUCUACUUGGACUAGAUUCGUUGAAGCAUAUAAUAGUGACAGCACUAAUAACAAAAAAGGUUUAGAUUUCGUUUCAAACUUACCCCGUGCAUUUGAAUUUCAUUCCGAUAUUGGUGAAGCUUGUAAGCAAAGAGCAUACAUUACAACAGUUUCAUCGACUGAAUCAUCAUAUUUAGCUGCAUGUACUCCAAUCCCCAAAGACUAUUUCAAUAAAGAUAUAUAUUCAAUUUCACUUGCUUGUGAAUUCUUGCGUGCUUUGGAAGGACCACUUUACAGGGGUAUCAGAGGUACCGGAUUAGCAUAUGGAGCAAGUGUUCGUCAAACUGUUGAAACAGGAUAUCUUAGUUUCUCAAUAUACAGAGGAGCAGAUGUUCAACAGGCAUGGAUUGCGGGUAAAAAAGCUAUUGAAGAUUAUGCUAAUGGUACCCAAAAAAUUGAACAACUUGAUCUCCAAAGUUCAAUUGCAGGUAUCGUCAAUGGAGUUGCAGAGGCAGAAAGUAAUGCUUAUGAUGCUGCAGCUGGUAAGUUCAAUGAUGAUAUUUUAAAGAAAAGAGGACCCAAUUUUAUUUAUAAGUUUAUUGACAAACUCAACCAAGUUACUACCGAAGACGUGGUAUAUGUAUUGAAAAAGUAUUUUAUUCCUUUAUUCAGUCCUGAAAGUUCUUUAUUAUUUGCCUGUGUUCCACCAACUAAAUCGGAUGGUUUCACUAAGUUCUUACAAGAAACGGGAUAUCAAGUAAGUGUUGAAGAAAUCGGGGCUGGCGAGCCUGGUGAAGAAGCUGGUGGAUGUUGCUCAGGAGACGAUCACGACCAUUCUGGUGAAGAAGAUAGUGGAAGUGAAACUGAUUCUGAUAGUGAAUCGGACAGUGAUAGUGAAAUAGAGGAAGCUGAUUAGAAAGUCAAGUAUUAUUAUUAGUAGUCAAUAGACAAUAGAAUAGAUAGUGAAAGUGUAGAAUAUAAUCAUACUACAAAC